AUGUUGAAAACAUAUCAAACGUUAAUUCUAGAGACGGUGGGCAUUGAUAGGAAUUCCGAAAGGUCACAGGCAAGGAAGAGACGGGAGACGUUUGCAGGUUUUAUUUGUUCAAUGCAUAUUGUUGGACAGGGAUUGCCUAUUUCAGCAUUCUCUUGUACACGGUGUUCCCAUGAAUUAUCAAUUACCUCAGUAUUAUUCUUAUUAUCCAUAAUGAAUUUUGUAUACUCAGAAUGCUUCAUCAUAGCACUGCUGUCUUAUUACUUCUCAGGAUUUGCUAUAAGUGCCAUUGAUUCACAUAAGCGAAGUACUGAUAAUAUCGGUAAUCUUUCCUUUUUGUCAAACUCAGCGAAAGAAGUUUAUCAACAGGCAUCUUCCAAACUGAACAAUGUAGACAAGGAUUUUGCUGCAAUUCUUGAUGAAAAUAAGCCGAAGAAAUCUGUUGACUUAACAUUCUAUCAUGCAUUACUGGCUUCGAUAUCAGUCAUUAUUGUGUCAGAAUUAGGCGACAAGACGUGGUUUAUUGCCGCGAUUAUGGCAAUGAGGCAUUCUCGACUAACUGUUUUCUCCGGAGCAAUGGCAGCUUUAGUUUUGAUGACACUUUUAUCGGUUGGAUUGGGAUGGUUUACUCAGAUCAUGCCACGAUUGUUGACUUACUCUAUUUCUACUGCGCUUUUCGCAUUAUUUGGUAUGAAGAUGUUGUAUGAUGGAUAUCGGUUAUCUCCAACUGAUGGACAAGAGGGUUAUACAGAAGCAGAAGCGGAAAUCCAGAAGAAAGAAUUGCUGCCCGAUUCUUCAAAAAUUUCUGAUAUGGAAAGUGGAGGAAUUCGUAUGCCAAACCAAAAUUCAGCGCGUGCUUUUUUAAAUGUGAUUUCAACACUUUUUUUGGAAACCUUUACGCUUACAUUUUUGGCUGAAUGGGGCGAUCGAAGCCAACUGACUACAAUAAUGUUGGCAGCACGUGAAAAUAUUUAUGGCGUAGUAAUUGGUACUGUGUUAGGACACGCUUUUUGUACAGGAAUCGCCGUUGUUGGCGGUAGACUUGUUGCUACUCAUAUAUCGGUAAGAACAGUUACAUUAAUUGGAGGAGUGGUUUUCAUCUUGUUCGCGUUUUCUUCCUUCUUUGUCAAUCCGGAAUCGGAAUAA